UAAUGAACUCGUUUUCAUGGUAUUUUUGGAAAAUGAACUUUACAUGAAAAAAUAAUUCGUAACGAUCAAAGCAUGACUAAUCGCACUUUAGGGGAUUUAAAUUGGAAUGCGAAGCAUGAUCAAAGCAAUCUUGGGGAAUUUAUCAACGAUAGGUAAUGUGCGCAAGUGUUUGUGCCAAUCUAUAGCGUAAACUGUGAUGGAGAAUUCUAGUCAUCUGAACUCGAGUUGUCACUAUGAGUAUGCAAACACCGGAACCUGGCAUUUUAUACUUGUGACAACCAUAUUAGGAAUCAUAAAUGCUGUUGUCAUCGGCGGAAAUGUACUUAUUGUCUCCGCUGUUUUCACGUGCCAUAAACUCCGGAGUGUCACCAACUUAUUUAUAGCGUCAUUAGCAUGUGCGGACUUAUUUUUGGGCGUAACGGUGCUGCCCUUUUCUGUUGCCCAGGAAGUGCUGAGUUAUUGGAUAUUCGGGUCAUUUUGGUGUAGUAUCUGGCUCGCUGUAGACGUUUGGAUGUGUACCGCCUCUAUACUGAAUUUAUGUGUUAUCAGUUUGGAUCGUUACCUCGCCAUUACCAGGCCAUUCAAAUAUCACGACCUUAUGUCACAAGCACGUGGCAAGAUUUUUAUAGGACUCGUAUGGAUCAUUUCUUUUGUGAUAUGUCUUCCACCAUUGGUUGGAUGGAAUGAACAGAGAUCAUCUAUAGUCAAAAUAGACCCACCGACAAUCCGUCACAAUCUUUCUGAGUUUAAUGUUGAGUUGCACCGGCUUGGCCUACAACCAGAGAACGUAACAUAUGCCUUUGUUAGCGGAACAGAUAUGCCUUCUCCACGAACUAUAUCGUGUGACGAUGGACCAAAACGUUGUGAAUUGGUCUCGGAGCCAGGAUACAUAGUGUAUUCAGCAUCCGGGUCUUUUUAUAUUCCCUGCUGUAUUUUAGUAUUUUUCUAUUGGAGAAUAUAUCUAGCCGCCACUAGGGCAACGAAGGCGCUGAAACGAGGUACCAUAACGACUAAGUCACAUACGAGAAAAGGAGAUUACUCACCAAAUAGCGAGGUUUCUGUUACACUGCGCGUUCACCGAGGAGGGAGCAAGCAAUUUGCGGAAUCUCCUUCUCUCCAAUCUCGAGGCAGUGUGCGAAGCUACACAGGGAGCAUUCGCAGCCAGCAAAACGGAAGUUCGUCGUGGGGGUCUGGACAAAAUGGAAGUGUAAAAAGCACUAAAAGACAUGCUGCAUUAACGACUAGUCGAUCGAAGAGGUCUCGAUCUAGAGCCUCGUAUACACCCAUUAAUGCCUCUAUCAAUGAGCAUGAACAUGAAUUGCCCGAGAAAGCAGCGACAGAAGUCACACCAUCACCUAAAGCGAGGCAUAGCAUGCCGUGCCCAAGCCUUCCACGAAACUUUUCCAUCACCAGUGAUACAAAUGACUUUGAAUCUAAGACGAUUACAAAAAUGGAAUCGGAGAAACCGUAUAUCACUAUCCCAGAAAGGGGCAAAAAACAUCGAAAAUGCCGCAGUCAACCAAUCAAUUCAUACAGUAUAGAUGGUGAGAACAUUUCCAUCACUUCAAGACGAGCACUUUGCUUUAUUAUCGGAACCGCUAUUGCCGGCAGCCCAUUCCACAACUCAAACUGCGCUGAAAAUAGAGAAGUGAUCGUUCAUUUAUUUGAGUGGAAAUGGACUGACAUAGCCAGAGAAUGUGAAGAUUUCCUUGGUCCACGAGGUUAUUGUGGAGUGCAGGUGUCGCCCCCAAAUGAGCAUGUCCUCGUGACGACAGAUGCAAUGCGUCCAUGGUGGGAACGCUACCAACCCGUCAGCUACAAACUCGAGAGUAGAAGUGGAAACAGAGAACAGUUCAUUGAUAUGGUAAAGCGUUGCAACAAGGCAAAUGUCAGGAUUUAUGUAGACUUAGUGGUUAACCACAUGGCUGGGAAGGGGAGAAGUGGAACUGGUUCAGGUGGCACCUCAUUCAACUCUGACGCAAAUGAUUUCCCAGGUGUUCCUUUCUCGGAUGGAAACUUCAACUCAAAAGAGAAAUGUGGCACGAGUAAUGGUAAUAUAGUCAACUAUGGCGAUGCCCAACAAGUAAGGAACUGCAAUUUACUCGGCCUUGGAGAUCUCGACCAAUCAUUGUCGGAUACUGCUGAUAAGAUCGUUGGCUUCAUGAAUGAUGUCAUUGAAAUAGGCGUAGCUGGGUUUCGUGUUGACGCUGCAAAACAUAUGUGGCCAGAAGAUCUGGAAAACAUCUUUAACCGUGCCAAUAACCUGAAUACUGAAUAUUUCGCUUCCAAUGCAAGGCCAUUCAUGGCUCUAGAAGUCAUUGACAUGAGCAAUGAGCCUAUUACAGGUAAGCAAUACAAACAUCUCGGUAUGGUCACAGAGUUCCGUUACUGUGUCAAAAUCAGGGAACAAAUUGGUAAUAUCGGCAAUUUGAGGAGUGUGUACGACCCUGGUUGGGGGAUGAUGGACCCAGAGGAUGCAUUUGUAUUCGUUGAUAACCAUGAUAACCAGCGUGGACACGGUGCAAGUGGAAAUGUUCUUUCACAUAAAGAACCCAAACCAUACAAAAUGGGAGUAGCGUUCACACUUGCCUACACUUACGGAUUCCCCCGUAUUAUGAGUAGCUACGAGUUCGUAACUGACAAAGAUGGUCCUCCACACGAAUCUGACUACCAAACAAAAAGUGUGAGAAUCUCUGCUAACGGUGAGGGAUGCGAAGAUGGGUGGGUAUGUGAACAUAGAUGGCGUGUUAUGGCCGGUAUGUCUGGUUUCAGAAAAGCCGUUUCAGGGACCAAUGUGGUCAACUGGUGGAGUGAGGGUAACAAAAUUGCUUUCUCCAGGGGAAACAAGGGAUUUUUUGCCAUGACGGAUGGUAGCCAAAUGGAGAGCAGACUUUUCACUGGGAUGCCUGCAGGGACUUACUGUGAUGUCAUUUCCGGCCAAGCUACAAAUGAUGGAUGUUCUGGUCAAAGUGUGUCUGUUGGAGGAGAUGGUUAUGCCCAAGUCAAAAUUACAGAUGGAGACAACCCUGUAUUUGCAAUUCAUAUAGAGGCCGUGUCUGGGGGUGGUUCUGUUGUCGUUCCUCCAACUAAUGGUCCAGGUGAGGUCACCACAAAGAACACAGAUGGGCCUGUAUCAACAUCAGGACCAACAAGUCAACCAGGAGCUUCUGAUUUCCGAAGAACAGUAAUCUUUAUUAAGAAGUACACAAACCCUGGUCAGGAUUUGUUCAUAAGGGGUGGUUUGAACCAUGGUCAACGACAGGGUUGUACAGAUGACGCCAAAACAAGCGCCUGUGCAAUUCCCAUCUCAGUAAAAUCUAUCGGUGCGACGUCUCAUUAUGAUAAGUACAAUGCAUGGAGAGUUGGUGACGAGCACUUGGACUGGUAUGGUCGAGAGACUGAUCAAGGCACAUUUAAUGGCAUACAAGCGGAGGGUACUCCAGCAGCAUGGACAUCAGAUUCACAAGCCUCAUCGGGGUAUAAUCCAUUGAACAGAUUUGGUGAACACUAUUGGAUGGUUGAAAUGGAUAUGGAUUGUGCCAGAACAGAAAAUGGGAUAUUUGAAUUCAAGAGUUACGUAACUGGAGGUGUUGGAUGGGAGAAUGACAUAUAUCAAAGGACGUGUACUGGUAGUGCUAGCAUGAAUAGCGGAUCUUCCAAUGGUGCAAACCACAUUGCAAUGUGUGGCCAUCUCAACGUCUUUGAAUUUAACAGUGGUUCUUGUAUAAUUGAUGAAUUAUGAAACUCAAAUACAUAACCAUUGUAUAAG